CCUUUGGGAAACGCUGCGGGGCGCCUCUGUCCCCGCAGCGGAGCCAGGCGGAGGCCGGCAGACGGGGUUUGCCCUGGCCGUGGGGGUCUAGUCGGCUGCCUUGACAGCUGGGGCGCCUCGCGGGACACCCACGGACGGGCGUCUGCGCCUGCUCCAGCGCCAACCACCCCGCGCGCCUUGCCCAUCGCGACGCAGUCAAGCCCAAGAGUUGGCCUCGCGACGAAGGAUGAGCCAGCCACCUGCUUAGAGGAAGGCUCAUCUAAAUAAAGGCCAGCUAAAGUGACAUUGCGGGGAUUUAAUCCUUCUCUGGCUGCCCUUGUGAUGGAAGACUGAUUUGCAAGAGCUUCCUUCCUGGGGCUCACAUUAUUAACUCUCCAGGGCCCUGCGACUUGACAGCAAGAGAAGCAUAAAAUGAAGAAGGUCAGAGAAAAGCCUGGGCAGCAGGGACUUGGGGGCCUCCCGGGGCUUUUACGCACUGCAGUGCAAGAUUGCCUGGCCAUCAAUGGAAAUAGCAAACUGUAGCCUUUGUCCUGGGACACAGCCACCGAUCACAGAGCAUCAGACACCACAUCGGACCAGAACGUUCCUGGAGUUCCAUCCCAGUUAGAGCUAUGGUAACAGAAUAUGUGCCUAACUGCCUAGUGAAAGCUUGCAAGUUCACGGUGAGGGGAGCUGGGAAGGCUCGGAGUGAGACUAGCAGCUUUUAGCUGGGCUCUGCUUCUUCUUCCUGAGGCUCAGCAAGGAGUUUUUGCCCAGGUCACAGGCAGCUUUCGUGGUCACUGACUCCGGCAGGUCUCCGCUGGCAUCUCCCAAGCACUGGGCCUCUGCCUGCUCCGCGACCUGCCCUGACCGGUAGCUCCUGGCUGAGAUGAGCCCGCGUGGACGAUGACGGCAGUGUGCGCGAAUGGAGGCGGCAUGGUGACCUCGCACUAUGCCAGGUGGGACCGGCGCGACAGCGUAGAAAGCGGCUGUCAGACGGACUGCAGCAAGGAGGGCGAUGAGGUCCAGCCUCACCAGCUGACACCCUUCGAGAAGCUGACGCAGGACAUGUCCCAAGAUGAGAAGAUGGUGAGGGAGAUCACCCUGGGGAAACGCAUAGGCUUCUACAGAAUCCGAGGGGAAAUUGGGAGUGGAAACUUUUCCCAAGUCAAGCUCGGGAUUCACUCCUUAACCAAAGAAAAGGUGGCUAUUAAAAUCCUGGACAAAACCAAAUUAGACCAGAAAACCCAAAGGCUACUAUCCCGGGAAAUCUCCAGCAUGGAAAAACUGCACCAUCCCAACAUCAUCCGCCUUUACGAAGUCGUGGAGACCCUAUCCAAGCUCCACUUGGUGAUGGAGUAUGCAGGGGGUGGGGAGCUGUUUGGGAAAAUUAACACUGAAGGGAAAUUCUCUGAACCAGAAAGCAAGCUCAUCUUCUCCCAGAUUGUGUCUGCCGUAAAGCACAUGCAUGAAAACCAAAUUAUUCACAGAGAUCUGAAAGCAGAAAAUGUAUUUUAUACCAGUAGCACUUGUGUGAAGGUGGGCGAUUUUGGAUUUAGCACAGUAAGUAAAAAAGGUGAAAUGCUGAACACGUUCUGUGGGUCUCCUCCCUAUGCAGCACCUGAACUUUUCCGAGAUGAGCACUAUGUCGGUGUUUAUGUGGAUAUCUGGGCCUUGGGGGUGCUUUUGUACUUCAUGGUGACUGGCACGAUGCCAUUUCGGGCAGAGACUGUGGCCAAAUUAAAGAAGAGUAUCCUUGAGGGCUCCUACACCGUGCCCCCACACGUGUCAGAGCCCUGCCAGCGGCUCAUCCGGGGAGUCCUUCAGCCCAUACCCACAGAGAGGUAUGGGAUCAGCUACAUCAUGAACAACGAAUGGAUGCAAGGGGUGCCAUACCCCACUCCCCUGGAACCUUUCCAACUGGAUCCUAAACAUUUGUCAGAAACCAGCACCCUCAAAGAAGAAGAAAAUGAGGUGAAAAGCACUUUAGAACAUUUGGGUAUUACAGAAGAGCAUAUUCGAAAUAACCAAGGGAGAGAUGCUCGAAGCUCAAUCACAGGGGUCUAUAGAAUCAUUUUACAUAGAGUGCAAAGAAAAAAGGCUUCAGAAAGUGUGCCAAUGAUGAUACUGCCAGACCCUAAAGAAAGAGACCUAAAGAAAGGGUCUCGUGUCUACAGAGGCAUAAGACACACAUCCAAAUUUUGUUCAAUUUUAUAAAUUACAUCAAAUUGUUGGUAAUUAACCAAGAUCAUUGCUGCUUUUAAAUUUUUUCAUGUACAACUUGGGUGGAGACACUUUUGUAAUUUUUAAAUAAAUUUAAAUUUGAGAUAUGCAU